CUUCAAUCUCCGUUCUGCUCCUCCAUCCAACUUCCUACUGAACUCACCACCAUCUUCAUCUUCACGACCCUCGCGCCCCCACCUUCUAUUGCAAUCAAACUCACACCAUUUAUACUCCUCAAACGUCACAAUGGUCAAGCUCACCGAAGUCGAGGACGAGCACUUCGCCCAGGAGAAGCCUCAACCCAGCAAGCACAACGUCCUUCUUGCCUCGGAUGACGAAGAGGAGGACGAUGACUACACUGACACCGAAUCCGAGAUCUCCACCGAGUCCUACGAAGAGCUCGAGAGCGAGACCCUGUACGACCGCAUCUAUGCCCUGAAGGACAUGCUUCCUCCCUCUGCUCGCCGCUCCCUCACCUCCACCGUCAACACGGUCACCUCCUUCACAAAGUCCAGCGUGACGUUCAGCGGCAAGGCGCUGUGGAUCAUCAGCACCAGCGCGUUCCUGCUGGGUGUGCCAUGGGCUCUGGCCUACGCCGAGGAGGAGCAGUACAUCCAGAUGGAGCGCGAGCAGGGCAUGAUCAAGGGUGCUAAUGAGAUGCUCACCCCUGGCGCUGCCCCCGCCGAGCAGCAGGCCCAGCCUACUCUGUAAAUGGCUCCCCCCCCAAAAAUGAAAAGGAAACAAUUCUCCGUCGCCCCAAAGAGAAAAAGAUCGCAACAAUGAGUGAUUGAGGAAGUGUGGAUCGAAAAGAAC